AUGAUCGUAGAAUUUUUUUUAAUAAAUCUUUUUUUAUUUUUUUCAUUAACAAACGCUUCACAUUUUCUCGGUGGUUCAUUUACUUAUCGACAUAUUUCACAACCUAUUGAUUAUAAUAGAUAUAAACCAAUUUUAGUUGAAUUACGUUUUCAUAUAUCGAAUCAUUAUUUUAUUUGUACACCUGAACAAGUAAAUGAUCAUAUGAUUGUAUAUUUAAUUGGUGAAUCAGUACCAUAUGAUAGUAAUAAUAAUACAUAUUUAUGGUAUGAAACAGAAGCAAUUCGAAGAAAUAUAAAUUUCUAUAAUAUUGAAUUUACAUGUAAAUCUAAUAACUAUGCAUGUAAAAAUUUUCAAGAAAAAACUUGGGGAUACUGUGAAAGUGUUAAUCAAAAUAGUGGUUAUUCAAUAUUACGACGUCAGUUUUUGCUAAUAAUGGAAAAAUACGAACAAAUUCAACUUUAUUAUUCAUCUUGUUGUUGGGCCUCGUCUAAAGAUAAACACUUUUAUUUUAAUUUAACUAUUGGAGCACAAUCUAGUCGAAUUAAUUCAUCACCUUAUCCUUAUAUACCAGCUUCAUAUUAUGUUGAUAUUAAUCAACCAAGAGAAAUACAAAUAUUUGCGUAUGAUUCUGAUAGUAAAAAACAAGUUUUUGAUUUGUUCAUAUUAAUCAUCGCUGUUCUAUUAAAAAUAGAUGAUGAGAUUUUAUGCGAACAAUUUGAAGAUGAUCUAGGUAAAUUUUUAACAGUACAUGUUAAUCAUGAAUGUAAAUUAAGUUAUCAAACAAAUCAACUUGGUAAACAAUUUGGUCAAUUUUGGUUAAUCGAUCGAGAUAACAAUCAAAUUCUUUCACGUUCUUUAAUAAGUAUACAAGUACAUGUUUUACAUGAUAUUAUUUGUAAUACACAACCAGAAUUGAUUAUUAAAAAUAAUGAAGAUCAUUCUAAUAUGACUAUAACUAAAAUUAAACAUACAGUCUAUAUAUCAGUUAGUCUUAAUCCAAAUUGUCUUCUAAUUGAACCUCAAGAUCAAACAAUAACUGAACUAACAACAUUAUGUACUAAUAAUCAACCUAUUAUACUAGCUAAUGGUGGUAUUGAAGUUAUAUUUGAAUGUACACCAAAUUUAUGUGAAAAAUAUCAAAUAUGUUUUGUUGGUGAAUUUGCACUUAAACUACCAUCGACUGAUGUUCAAUGUUUUUCAAUUGAAGUUAUUGGAACAAAAGAUGAAUGUGCACUUGCUAUGAACAAUUAUAAUUUUCUCAAACCCCCUAAUCGUCAUUUUGUUAUAUCAGAACCUAUCAUUCAAAAACAAACUACAAUAACAUCAUUAUCAAUAACUAUAUUAAUGAAUACGACUGUAUUAACGAAUACAACUAUGUUGUUACCAUUGGCAUCUCCAACUCGUAAAUGGUCAUGGAUUAUAAUAAUUAUUCUCUUUUUACUUCUUAUUGGUUUUAUUGGAUAUUUUGGCAUAAAGAAAAUUUUAUUAAUCUUUUAUCAACAUACAAUAGAAAAUAAUCAAUUUCGUUCAUCAAACCGAAGUAGUAGUUUUAUAUCAACUGCAUCUGAUAGAACUCCAACACCUCCUAAUAUAAAACAAGCAUAUACAGCGAUUACUACACAUGAUGAAGAUAAUAAUUUGUUAGAUUCACCAAUGAAAGUUAAAUCGAGAACACAAUAUAUAAGACAAGGAUUUUAUGAUGGAAAUGACUUAUAA